ACAGCCGAACUGCUGAACUGCAGUCAGCUGAAGUAGCCUGCAGUGCUGCAUUUAACCACUGCGCCACCUUGGCUCAUAAACCUUGGUCUGGCUCAUAAACCUUGGUCCUUCAAGCUCCAUUCAAUAAGUCCUUCUCCUUCAUUUGGUCCGUCAAGAUCCACCAUGGGUCUACUAAUUGCGGCAGCAAUAGGCGCAGGUAGCGUCGUGGGUAUGCCACUUGUACUCAGCGCUAUGGGCUUCACAGCUGCUGGCAUUGCUGCCGGAUCGCUGGCAGCAAAAAUGAUGUCAGCUGCAGCCAUAGCCAACGGUGGUGGAGUGGCUGCUGGGAGUGUGGUUGCCCUGCUGGGGCAGCAGGCCUUUCUGUCACAACCCAAGCUGGGAUAGCAGUGGUUACUGGAGCACUGGGGAUCCUGGUGUAAUUAAUAUCUGCAAAGGAGUUCACAAUGUCACAGCACUUAAGUACUUAUCUGUGAACUAAGAAGCUUAAUUUCCACGAACCAAUCAAUCAUUUAUCUCAAUCAUAAUCUGAA